AUGCCUAACUACUCCUCCAAGUUCCACGGCCACAACGUUGCCGCCUUCUCCUCUCGCAGAUCCACCAUUUUUCUCGUCCUCUCCGCCCUUCUCCUCAGCAUCGCCACUUUUCUCUUUUUCCGUCCAUUUCAGGGACACCGCUGCCUCAACGCCAAUCCAAGAUCAGUCAAAGUCGUUUGGGAACAUUCCACCGCCGCCGGAACUCAUGGCCUCCCCAAUCGCCACAAGGUUAUGGGUUUUGUGGGGAUUCAGACCGGAUUCGGAUCUGUUCGGAGGAGAGAAUCGCUCAGAAAGACUUGGUUCCCGUCCGAUCAACAAGCCCUUCAACGCUUGGAAGAAUCCACUGGUUUGGCUUUUAGAUUUGUCAUUGGCAGAACAAGUGAUACUUCAAAGAUGUCUGCACUUAAAAACGAAAUAGCAGAAUAUGAUGAUUUCAUUCUCUUGGAUAUUCAAGAGGAGUACAGUAAGCUCCCAUACAAAACGUUAGCUUUCUUUAAAGCGGCUUAUGGUCUUUUUGAAGCUGACUUUUAUGUCAAAGCUGAUGAUGACAUAUAUUUGAGACCUGAUCGUCUUUCAUUACUGCUGGCAAAAGAGCGGUCUCAUACUCAGACUUACAUUGGAUGUAUGAAAAAAGGACCUGUUUUCACAGAUCCGAAACUCAAAUGGUAUGAGCCACUAUCACAUUUGCUUGGAAAGGAGUAUUUUUUUCAUGCUUAUGGUCCUAUAUAUGCUCUUUCUGCUGAUGUUGUUUCAAGCUUGGUUGUUCUUCGAAAUGAUAGUUUCCGGAUGUUCAGCAAUGAAGAUGUUACUAUUGGAGCUUGGAUGCUUGCAAUGAAUGUCAAACAUGAGAACAAUCUCGAACUUUGUGCUACAGACUGUACAGCCACAUCUAUUGCUGUGUGGGAUAUUCCCAAGUGUUCAGGCCUGUGUAAUCCAGAAAAGAAAAUGUUGGAGCUCCAUCAAAAGGAGAGCUGCUAUCAGAGUCCAACGCUAGAAUCUGAUGAUGAUUAA